CCCACGUGGAAGAGACUAGAAACGCUGCAGUGUGUGAGUCACAUGGUCUGGUCACAUGGCCUGUGACGUCACCGGCUCACAUCUACGGAAGGGGAACUAGUCCCUUCCUUCCCACGUGUGUGGUGCCGGGGUCAGUCAGUGUGAGCUGUGCAGCAGCAGCCGGCAGCGGGGAUGGGGAGCAAGCGGAAAGGCGCCGGGGACGGAGGGGCUGAAGGGGGUACAGAAUCCCCGGAGGUGACCGGGACCCUCAUCAAGUCUCUGUUAUCAGAUCCGCAGUCUGCGUUGAGAGGAUUGGAGCAGUUUGUCAUUUUAUCUAGAAAACUUCCCAGCCCUCACCUCUAUGAUGUGGUUGAGGGUUAUCUUAAAAUAUCCGUGGAGUGCGUCGAAAUUCUGAAACUUUUAGAUGGCGAGAGACGUCCUGAUAGUGAGACCAUCCUCAUUUUCCAAGCUUUGGAAGCCAUUUUGCUGCGGACGGCCAGUGACUUGUCGCAUCUCAGUGUAGCUGGGGUCAACAUAGUUAAGAAAAUGUUGGAUACACACAUGAAGUUAAUCUAUGCAUCGGUCUAUUCCGAGACUCACAGGGUGUCCAGAAUCUGCUUCAAUUUACUGUCCGCGAUGGUGACACAAGGGCAAGACUGUGCUAGAAGUGUGUUUAGCCAUUUUGAUUUCAAUAACAAGUUCCUACCGGGGUUGUUGAAAAAGAGAGAUAAACAGGGUAGACCAGAUGUCCGCUUGGCAUGUAUCCAGUUUGCACUUUCUUUCCUGAUUUGUGGAGAUAAUACCACCAUCACUCAGGUUCUGGAGCUUAAAGAUUUUUUCGGGGUGAUAUUCAGCACUGGACUGAAAGAGGACCGCAUCUCUACAAUAAACCUCUUGCUGUCCCUGCUGCAAACCAAGGUUAUCCAUAAUAAGGCCAUCACAAAGACCCAGAAAUUGCGCUUUUUUACUUCCGUUAUUUUAAAUCACAUUGCGUCCCUGUACCGCUGGAGUGGUAUUGUAGAUGUAAGCACAAAGGAUGUCCAGGGCACCAGUGAUCCUAAAGAAGCGGGGAAAGUAAUGAUCAGGGAGUUAGUACACAACUUCCUUAUGGAUCUGUGCUGCUCCUUAAAGCACGGCAUCACUUUUCAUGACCCCAGUCUUGGUACGGCUGCCAGGGCGGGCAAUGUGGUGCUUCUGCAGUUCCUGGUUGGGCUGAAGAUGGCGGCUGAAGAUGAGUUAGUUGGGGAGCUGGUGGUGAAUAUACUAAAGGUUUGCCCGGACCUGCUAAACCGAUACUUUAAGGAAAUCUCAUACUCCUUUGUCCCACGGCUGAAGUCUGCUUGGAUGGACAACAUAAAACUACUAAAAAAGAUCUACGAAGCCCAGCCCCCAACAUCUGUGGCUUUCAAGACCACAGAGUUUGUCCCACUCCCACGGCUGAUAAACAUGGUGAUGAUAACGACCGUAGCUCCAGUGUGUACGAAGACCAUGUUCACUCAGGGACUUAAUGUACCGAACAAAAUCGUUAAACAUACCACCUUGUCCCUCAUGUGCUCUAUCCUGAAACGGGCCGGGCGAAACAUCGAUCACUGCCUGAAGGAAGAAGUCUGGCAGAAGUCUGACCUCUACACUCCAGCCACCAUGGCCGAAUUUGCCCAAAGAUAUAGAGAAUCUCUGAGUAAGCUCUUGCCAGACGUUAAUACCAUAGUAGCAACCUGGCAGUCACUCUUAAAGCAGGAAGAGGGCGACAGCGAGAAAGGGAAGGAGCCACAAACGGGCGACAAUAAAACCUCCGAAUCCAGGGAACUGGCAGGACUGACAGAGGAGAAAGAUGAUGCUGUCCAGAGCACCCUGGUGAAGACUUCCCUCCUCCAAGUCCUGUGCCUCUAUCAGAGGGUGGUUCCCCAUUUAGUAUCUCAGAGCAAUUUUGAUUUCAGCAAACUACUAAAAGGUAUUGUGAGUGAGAGUGGUGUCUGCGAGGAGGCCCCUCCCGUCCUCCAGCAUCAGAUCCUUCAGGUGGCCCUUGAGUUGCCAGCGAACAAGUUUUCAUGGUUCAAAGUGCAGGAGACGCGAGAUGUUGGAGGGGAGAAGUCUGUGUUCUAUCUCCUUCUGAAAAUGUUUGUCACCUGUAAGAAAAUGCAGCUGAAAACGUCAACCAGAUUGUUAAUCAUUAAGAUUCUGCGUGACAGUGGUGUGUUCGAAUACACCUGGAAUGAGCUGGAGCUGUGGCUGAGGUGUCUGGACAAAGUAGAGGAGAACUCGCAGGAGGCUGUGAUCCAUUUUUUGGAACAGACCCUGGUGAAGGUGGUUUCUAACCCAUACCCGUAUACUGACAAAGCAACGGAUUAUGUGCAAGAGGCCUGGGUGCUGCAGACCGACCUGGGGAAGCAGGAUUCCGAUGCAGUCAGCAUCCCCGUCUCACACAUUGAUGAUGUCAUGGAUAUGGUGGACGUCAUUGUUGAGGGCAGUGAAGGCCUAGACGAGGAAGUCGGACAUGCUCUGGACGAGGAGAUGAUCCUCCAUACCUUUCCAUUCAGUGCUAUGGUCCCAGUGACGCUUGAAACCAGAAAUAGGCUCUUGACAUCUUGGAAGGAUGGAGAUGAAUUUAUGAUACAGUAUCUAGUGUCCGUCCUGACCGAUGUACUACAUGCCCAACGGGACCCUCUGGCCCUUUGCCUGGCCCUCCAGUCUUAUGAUAAAGACAUACCGUCCGUGGAUAUAAGUUCUGCUGCAUAUAUUCCACUACAGUGCUUUUAUAACUACUACAGCUUGUGGUUGCCGCCAUCUGCUAAAGAGAACCUGUUUACAGCACAAGAUAGCUGUGGGACGGCAGUUACGGGGCAGGAUGAAAAGUCCACCUAUGAUUGGCUGCUGAGGAAGGUGUUUGUGAGCGACCGCACUGCAGAAGACUGUGAAGAGAUGUUGAAAGAUUCUGUUAAACUGAUUGAAAAACAAGAGCUUCUGCUGGCAGUGAGGCACACCCUGCUGUGUCUGAAGACUACUGUAGAUAACUUCCAAAAGCAUAAAAAAAAUACAGGAGCAAGUUUACUUGGUCUCUUCUUGGACCUUCUAGGUUUUCUCUUGUGCCAGUACCAGCAGGUUAAUUCCAGUCAGAAAGAAACAGAAGAGAAACUGAGCACAGAGUCUGACCUAUUUACAGAAGACAACACCGGUGUCCUGGCUUCUACAGAUAAUACGAUCUUGGACACCAUGCUCUCAGUAGUCUUCAAACACCCCACGUUGGAAAGUUGGUUCCUGGCCUUAGAACGCCAGUUCGUUCCCCAACACAAUUUAAAACCGGUCUGUGUUAGACUGCUGUCAUCUCAACUGAACCAGGGCUUGUUGCAGUUGCUGAAAUCCAGCACUCCUCUGCUACAGGAAACCAGCAAUCUUCACCUGGUAGUCAAAUAUUUUGAUGCCAUUUCCGCUAGUGUCUUGAAGGAGCUAGAAUCGCCCAAAAAGACUUCAAAGAAGAUGUCACUUCCGCUAGAAGCUUUGGAGAGCUUACAUCCAAACAUGGACACUGCCCAGCUAAAUGAUGUUACUCUAAGUCUCUUGAAGCUUCCUGAAGAAUAUCUUUUGGAGGGCAAUGAGUUAAACGGUUAUGGUAAAGUUUUGGUUCUCCUGCUUAAUGACCGUCAUCAAAGAAAGCAAUGCCAGGAGGAUUUGGCCUUCUCAGUGGAACAUGUAAGAGGAGUAGGACAUCUGUUGUCAACAUCAGCUGGUCCCGACCUAGAACCUAUCCUCUCCAACGCUCUGCAGAGAGAACCUGCCUUUGCCCAUGUGGUGGGCAUUGAUGUACUUACUCACUGUCUCAGUAAGAUGACCAAGACCUCUCUGGCUGUUGUGGCUCUGUUGGUUCAGCACAGCCGGGUUCACCGGUUGCAGUUCGAACUCUGGUGUUUGAAUCCUGGAUCGGAAAAGCUUCUGAGAAAGAAAAUGGAGACCUGUUUGCCACUGAUCAAUGGCUACUUGGAGACCAGCAAGCAUUUCCCAUGUACACAGCUGUCUAAAGUGUCCUCUGCCGUCCUCCGUGUACUGAAGGAAGUUUUCUGGAAUAAGCUGGUAAAGACUGCGCUAAGUGCAGAGACCUCUGGGCAGACUUUGGAACAAGUCGCGCUGCUUUCCAAAUUGGUUGCUCUGUCCGAAAUUAAUGAAUUAAAGAGCCUGAUGGAUGAGCUCCCAGAGGUACUAGGACAGUCGCCUUUUCACGAAAAAUGGGCCCUGGCUGACUGUGUGUCACAAGCUGCAGACUGUGCUGGGGUGAAUGUUGGCUCUUGGCAGCCGGCUCUUCUGGCGGCCUGUAUGAAGUGUCUGACUGCCACAUAUGGCACCCACAAGGAACCGGAGGAAGCGGCACAGGAAGCGGAGAUAAACCUUCUCUCUCGCCUGAAGAAUCUCAUGCUUUCUGUCAGAGCAGACAUCCCCGCUGAGUGGAACAGUCUAGUGAAAGCCGGACUGAAGUAUCGCUUUAAGGACUGUGCAUUCUUGGAAGCUCUGCUUACUGGAAUUGAACAGUGGUACGAUACAGAGGGUCCCUGCACGAAGAACCUGGUGCAGUUACCUGUUAUCCACAUGAUGGUAACACAGCACUCUCUGUUCCUGCCCUGUUUCCUGAGAUCGAGAGAGGAGGAGAACGCAUGCAGUGACAUUCGAGAAAAGUUGGUGGAUCUCCUGAGAUGUAUAGUCGGCAAAUGUCCAUCUGUCUGUGACAGAAACCAUUUUGUUGCUUUACUUGGUGCCUAUGGAGCCAGUCUCAGCAUGACAGACCAAAAAAUACUCUUCUUGCUGCAGGCCUAUGAGCAGAACAACGUGAGCCUCGCAGAUUUCAGAUUGCUGCUCUGGGGACCAGCGGCUGUAGAGCAUCACAAGACCCGAAAGAGUUUGGGGAAAUCCCUUUGGCAGCAGCCAAGCAUGGAGGAGAUCCUCAGCUUGUUAGACAGAGAAAAGAUGAUGGAGACCAUUCUAAACUUCCCCCUGCACCUCAAGCUGACCGCCGAGGCUGGCAAGAACGUUCUCUAUGAAGACGGUGCAAUACAAGAUUUGAAUAAUGUGUAUGACCCGUGCUUUCUGCUGCCUCUCUUCAGCGAACUACUCCGGCCAGAGCUGGUUGUGGACUGCAUGAAGUUUGUGGAAGUGAACGCGUUGGGGCUGACAUUGGCUGCGCUUAGCAGUUACGAUUACAGCAUGCGAGCCGCCGCCAAUCACGUCCUCGGAUCCUUUGUCUCUCACAUGGAGGGAGCUCGUUUCAGGCACAAGGAUGAGCUGCAGUAUGUUCUAGACGUCCUGAAAAACGGAAUCGGGCAGGAGAAUUUCCGGCUGACGUUCUCAUUGGCUCUGUAUAGCGCUAGAGCUGUCCAGCAAAUCCUCAGGCCAGAAGAACAUAUGUACAUUAAGAUAACCAAGUUCUUGCUGUCUCAUGACUACUUGGACCUGAACAAAGUUCCUGACUUCUACAGACUGUUCUUCAGCUCUGACAUAGAGCACAAGACAGAGCGCAGGUGGAUUCUCGCACUAUUGGGUGAUGGAAUGAGGGACAAGUAUUGCUACGAGCUGUACGAUUACCAGAGGAUUUUCAUGGUCAUUAUGACGUUUUACAACAGUCCUCUGUGUGAUGAAACACUGCAGAAUCAGAUCAUGGAUAUAUUUAUGAAAGCCUCAAAAGUUCCAAAAGCCGCUUAUGAACUGAUCCGAGACCACAGCCUGCUGACCUGGAUACUGAAUAUCCUGGGCAAGUGGUAUAUUGACAAUAAAGCACUGGGUAGUGUAAUAUCAUUAAUUAGUAACUUAUGGUUUACUAACCUCGGAAAGAAAGAGAAGGCUAAAUCCAGAGGCAGCCUGAGCCAGGAGGGAGCCACAGACCAAGAAAAGUUCCUUCCCCUCCAUCUGGUGAAUGAGUAUCUUGGAAUAGUGAUGGCUCUACUCAGACACAUCAGGGCAAACUUAGAUGGUGUCCUCUGUAACCAGUAUUUCAGCACCUUCAGCUCCGUUCUGAGAUACCGCACAAGGGUUUUGGAGGCAUUUAAAGAAAUGGGCCGGUUUGCCAUUAAUGAGCAGGUGUUUUCCAGCACGCAGGCACUGUUACUGCUGCAGAAGUGGAGUAUUAUUGAGAAGGACCUGGGCCUGCAGGAGAAUCUGACUGCCUUGGCCAAGGAGCACAGAGUGAAAGAGCUUAUAAACACCAUUAAAGAGAAGUUCAGACAACAAGGCCCACGGCGGCUUAGGAAGAAAAUUGAGGCUGAAGCAGAGGCAAAUCUGGAACCGCAACCGGUCUCCAAUCUUGAAGACUCCAAAAAUCAUGUGAAAUCCAUAUUGAUCCAUUGGGUACCCACUUUUUUGAACUCUCCCUUCACCCCUGCAAAAGAAGGGAAAGAAAACGUGGAUCAGCGUAAAGAGACAACAGCAGAGGACAACGAGACAAAGAGUGAAAGCGCUAUCGAUAAUCUAGCCUGUGCCACCGCCAGCCUAGUUGCGAAGUGGAUAAUAAACGUAGAGGGGGAUCUCACACUGAGCUCAUGUGAUCUACACAACUCUCUGCACUGGUUGGAAACCUGCAUCUUACCGCACACCGCUGUAGUGCAGGAACUUGUCCGAGACCAUAAGCUGAGAAGUACCCUCUAUAAACUAUACUACAGGGUCUGUGAUAGCCCAGAUUCCAGCCUGGAACUCUUGCACUUGUCUAACCAGGUUAUGAUGAAACUGAUAGAGACUCAGAAUCUGAGCACGGAUGCCUUCCAUAACGCUGUGAAGAAACUCUGCCUGCUGCUGGGUGACGGCGCCAGUGACCUGCAGAAAGCUGCUGCCAAUUUCCUAGUGUCCCUCUACGUCGGAGAUAUUUGGCUCGGUGCACAAUCGCCAGUUAUGUUUAAAGCUCACGUGAAGAUGGUCUGUGAAGCCGCAGACGUGGACACUUCAUGUUCGGAGGACAAGACCCCAAAACGAAAAAAGAGGAGAGAAGAGCAAGAGGCAAUUGUGUCCAUCUGUAGAGAUCUUUCUGCUACUUUGCCAAAGAGUUAAUUUCUCCUAGCAGAUCCAUUCAGGUCUUGGUGAACUAUGAACCUGUCUGUUGUACCCAAAACCAUACUUUUCACAGGGUCAGGUAUGGUUCUGAGAGCUUGCAGAAACAGUUCUGCACAGUGUCAGUGUGUUCUCGCUACAGCUAUAAAUGCAUCUGCAAAACUGCAUUCCCUCAGAGCAAUAAUCUGCUUUCAGUUUAACCAGUCACUAAGUAAUCUUCAGAGGUAUACGGUGCUACAGUGCACAUACAAGGAUUGAUGCCAAUUAGGCCUCCCAGACAGAAUUCGGUCAUUGUGACACACCCCUACCAACUGAAUUAUAGUUGCAUUGAAGACUUCAAAAGUGGCAUUUAUGUAAUUUCUUUGCAACCCUGCUAAUAUGACGUGAAGAAUGCUGUUUUGCUACCCUUGGUUCUAAUACCUGACGUGUAUAUAUGUGAUCUUAGCAUGUGCCUUUUUUGGUAUGUACAGUGCCUUCUGGCUGCCUGCCAGUGAUGGAACAUCAAUACACCAUCUCAUCUGUCUACAACUUUUAUAUGACCCCAAUGUAAAGCUAAGAUAAUGUAUACUUGUUUAUGUAUCUGGAAUAAACUCUACAACUAUUUUAUAUUUA